AUGACAGGCAACGGUACGAAGCCGGGCACUCUCAAGGUUUUGAAAGUUGUGGUGUUGAGCUUAGCAUUAGUUUUGCUUAUUCUAUUCCUCAUCGCUACAGUUAGGACGUUCACAUUAGAGGUAAAUGCAGGGCUUCAGCUGGCGCAGUGGGAGAGAACCAGUAAAAUAUCCCCCGAUAUAAGCCAACAGCAGAGAGAGAAACAGCUAGCAAAUUUCAAAGAGGCUAUCCAGAUACCCACUGUUUCCUUUUCGGAGACUGAAUUCAACCUCACCGCUCUGCACGAGUUUGACAAGCUGUUGAGAAGAGUGUUCCCAAAUGUGUUCUCGUCGGGUCUGGUCAAACAUGAUGUAAUAGCCAACUACAGCCACCUGUUGUCGGUUCGUGGGACUGACCCACUUCUAGUCCCCUAUAUGCUGUUGGCCCAUAUUGAUGUGGUGCCUGCCAAUGAGCAGGAUGGUUGGGAAGCACCACCAUUCUCCGCCAAAGAGAUUGAUGGAUUCAUUUAUGGACGAGGUACCAUAGACGACAAGCAGUCUGUUAUGGGGAUCCUGCAGGCUCUUGAGAAUCUGUUAGAAAAAGGCUACAAACCUCGACGAAGCUUCUACAUUGGCCUUGGCCAUGAUGAGGAAGUCAAUGGUUUCAAUGGGGCCGUGAACAUUGUGGCAGAGCUGAAGAGACAGGGGGUCCAGCUGGAGUUUGUUCUGGAUGAGGGUCUUGCUGUCCUGGAUGGGGUAAUAAAUGGCCUAGAUGGACCUGCUGCCUUGAUUGGAAUCAGUGAAAAAGGACAUGCCACAGUGAAGCUCAGUGUGACAACCAAACCCGGUCACUCCUCCAUGCCUCCAAGCGAGAGUAGCAUUGGCAUUCUGGCCGCUGCUGUGAAAAGGCUGGAAGAGAACCCAAUGCCAAGAUUGUUUGGUGAAGGUCCUGAACGCAGCACAUUUGAACACCUUGCUCACAAGUUCGGUCUACCUCUCAGAUUCAUCAUGUCGAACAUGUGGCUCUUUUCUUCUCUGAUGGGCAGGGUGAUGGAAAGGAGACCUGACACGAAUGCAUUCGUCAGAACAACCACUGCUGUGACUAUGUUUCAUUCAGGUGUGAAGAUUAAUAUUAUCCCGUCUCAGGCAGAGGCCUACGUAAAUCUGCGCAUUCAUUCAGCCCAAACUCUGCAAGAGGUGCUUGACUUGAUUCAUCUCAAAGUGGCAGAUGAUCGGGUCAAGAUAGAACUGAAGGGCGGAUUUGACCCGUUACCCAUCAGUUCCUAUGAUGAAAAGUCGUUUGGGUUCCAGAUCAUUAAGAAAACUGUACUAGACAUGUUUCCUCAGGUCACUGUUGCUCCUGGGAUCUGCAUUGGCAAUACUGACAGCCGUCAUUAUACUGAACUGACCAGCAAUAUCUAUCGGUUUGCUCCUACUUGGUUCAAACCAGGUGACUCACAGAGAUUUCACGGCGUGAACGAGAGGAUCUCAAUCAAGAACUACGAGGAGAUUGUGGUGUUUUACUUUCAACUCAUACAAAACUGUGACAUUAAGAGUCUACCUCUGUCUCAUGGCAGUGAGCAUGAGCUGUAGCCGUAGAGGUUGAUCCAAGCCCUGUAUUUCUGUGUGUAAUCCAGGGACGUUUGAUGCAUUUCUGUGAAAUUUAAUGAUGAUGAGAGAUCUAGGAGGUUAUGGUCAUUACCCAGCUAAUCAACUCUUUUAUGAGUUACAGAUUGAUUUCAAUGGCACAGCUGCUGUACUUUCAUGAUUUUGAGCCAAGUCUAUUAUAGCACAGCCUUUUGAAUGGAGGUUUUCCCUUUUGAACUCUAGUUUAGUUUAAACCUAGCUUUGACCUAAUAUUGGUCAGGAGCAUUAGCUUUUUACAUACGCAUUUGUGUUUAGUUUAUCAGGAAAAGAAGAUUUAGAACAGUCAAAGCCUGACCCUAAUGAAUGUACUGGAUAAACAGAUGGAGAAUGAAAAUGAGAGAUUUGUAGAGUUUUACAGUGGAACAUAAAGGUACUAAUAACAUGGUAGAUAAAUUGAUACUUGAAGUUUACUCAAAGAUGACAUAGAUGACGAGCAGUGUUUAAGCAACUCCUCCCCUAGAUGUCUUACGAAUGGACAUUGAUCGCCUUAAUGUAGGGAUGCUUGACAAUGGACAAUAAACAUGGUUAUGAUUGCUGAACUUUAUUUAGAGAGAACAUA